AUGAGUGAGUGUGAUGAAGAUGAUGAUGAACUUAAUGAGAUUAUCAAGCAGCAUAAUUCUAGUGUAAUCCCGAUGGAAGUAGGUCAAGCUGAAAAUAUGUCAACAGAGAAGAGAAAACAUAGUGAUUCCAGUGCAGAUAAUAGUGCAGACGGUUUUGUGACGGUAUCUAAGAGAAAAAAUAAAAAUCGGAAGAGGGAGACUGCAGACAAUGUUAACAUAGAAAUUAGUCCAACUACACCAAUUACCGUACUAACUGAGGAGUAUUAUGAGGUUUGUAUCUCAUCCUUACAAUGUCUGCCUAAACAAAUAGCGAUGGCUAAACUUCUUAAGUCUAAUAAUAUCCAGAAUAUUUUACAAAUACGAUAUAAAAGCCCAUAUAAAGUUUUGAUUAAAUUCACAAAUAAGAAAGACGCUGAGUCACUGAUUACGUGUAAACAAAUAUCGGAAUUAGGCGGUAGCUGCCGCCUGACUAGUGAGUCAAAUAUAUGUUAUGGUGUGAUAAAGGGCAUUGAUUUAGGAAUUGAAGAGAAAGAAAUUUUAGAAAAUCUUACAGCGUCUUGUGAAAUUAUUUCUAUGAAAAGACUUAAGAGAUUAGAUUCAAAUGGAAAAUGGAUAGACAGCGAGACUUUUAAGGUGGUCUUCAAAAGUGAUAAAUUACCACCAUACGUUUAUGGAUAUGGAUGUAGGUUCAAGGUUGACACUUUUCACUUCCCUGUAACACAAUGUUCUGGUUGUUGGAAAUUUGGACACCAGGUAAAAUUCUGCCCAAACAACAAAAUUAUAUGCCCAAAAUGUGGAGACAAACAUGAAAAUUGUUCAACAGUGGAAUAUACAUGUGUUAACUGCAAAGGUGCCCACAUGGCACUUGAUAAAUCUUGCCCAAUAUUCCUUAAAGAAAAAAAGAUUCGGGAUAUAAUGAGCCGUCAAAACGUUAUGUAUAGAGAAGCUUUAAAUAUAUACCUUAGGGAGAAAAAAAUAUGUUAUACAACGGAAAUUAUGCAUACUGAAAAUUUAAACAACGGCAGCAAUACUCAUAAAGACGACCGAAUAUGUAAGAAUGGAAGAGCGUUAGGAUUAAGAUGA